AUGGGUCCUUGUUUUAGUGAAACUAAAGCCCAAGAACUGAAAUCAGAUAUCCUGAAACAUGGGACAAAAUUGAGACAAGUUUUCUGCUGGCAAACUCGCUUUGGUGUAAUCCCACUGGAGUACCAGCAGGUGUGGUAUACUGGUAAAGAUGGUUGCAUUUCUUCUCUUAGAAAUAAAACAAAACAUGAUGAUGAUGAGCUUCUGCUGAUCCACCAAAUCUGGAUGACAGGAACAGAUGUGUUUGGAAUUACUGUACCUCUUAUUACCAGUACUACUGGAGAUAAACUGGGAAAGACUGCUGGCAAUGCAGUUUGGCUAAACAGGGAUAAAACUUCUCCAUUUGAGCUAUAUCAGUUUUUUGUCAGACAACAUGAUAACAUAGUUGAAAAGUACUUGAAACUCUUCACCUUCCUUCCUCUGGAGGAGAUUGACCACAUCAUGAAAAUGCAUGCUAGAGAACCUGAAAAAUGGGGCCCUCAGAAACGACUUGCAGCAGAAGUAACCAAGCUUGUUCAUGGUAGAGAGGGGCUAGAAUCUGCUAAGAGGUGUACUAAGGCCCUUUAUUACAGCAGUGUGGAGGCAUUGGAAGCUAUGUCUGACCAAGAGUUGCAGGAACUUUUUAGACAAGCUCCUUCAGCUGAAUUGAUGCUUGAACCUGGGAUGAACGUUGUCGACUUGUGUCGCAAGGCAAAUGCCAUUCCACCUGGACCUAGUGGGUACCAGAAAAUUACAGAUGGUGGAGUUUCAAUAAAUGGGAUUCGAGUAACUAAUCCCGAGACUGUUCUUAUUCUUGGACAGCAUAUUCUCAAGAAUGGAGUAUCAUUGCUUAGGAUUGGAAAGAAAAAUUACUACAUUAUAAAAUGGCUGCAGUUGUGACAAGAGAAUGUCUCCCUAAAACAACAUAUCAUUUAGACUCUGUUACUCAGAGAUGUCCUUGAAGAUGUUUUUAUACUGUGCAUUACUACGCAGCUCACAGACUGCCCAAUACCAUAGUUUCAUUCUCAAAAUAUACCCACAGAGUUCAAAUAAAGGCAGCUAA